AUGUUUCAAACAGGCUUAUUUCAAGGGGUUACCUUGUUAGCUUGUCCCAUGUUUUGAUCAUAAUAUUUUAUUGACUGUCUGCUGAAAUACCAAAAGAAUGAAAUAUCAUGAUAACAAUAUCUUGGUCCAAAAAAAAAAAUUCCUGGUUCAUUUUCAGGCACUAGACUGGUGUCCAUUUCAACGUAAUGUACUUGCUAGUGGUGGCGGAACUGCUGAUCGGCACAUUAGGUUUUGGAAUGUUAGUACUGGAAACUGUCUCAGCAGUGUUGAUACUCAUUCACAGGUGUGCUCUAUAUUAUGGUCAAAAGAAGACAAGGAACUUGUCUCCAGCCAUGGUUAUGCUCAAAACCAAUUGACUGUCUGGAAGUAUCCAUCAAUGGUCAAAGUAACUGAGCUGACGGGUCACACAUGUCGCGUUCUCCACAUGGCUAUGAGUCCAGACGGACAGACAGUCGUCUCUGCUGCUGCCGAUGAAACUCUGAGGAUAUGGAAGUGCUUUGCUUCUGAUCCUACUUGUCUCUCUGUAUUACCGACUCUUCAAACUUGA